ACCUCUGAACCCCAAACGGGGUUGCUAGACGCUGCACCCAAGCACCCCGCAAAAAGACUUCUGAAAACCAAUAUCUCAUGCAAACAGGAUAUCAACUUUUGUCAGAAAGAUCAAAAAAAGGCUUGAGGUUUUUCUUAGCAGCCUCGGCCCCUCCUGCGUCUCCCUCCCUCGUUAGCUCCUCAUCUCAGAGCGCAGGCAGGAAGAGAUGGCGGCCGGGGAGACGCAGGUCUACGCGAAGGUCAACAACAAGCUCAAGGGCCGCAGGGCCGCCUCGCUCCUGGACCCCCUGCUGGGGAUGGGCUUCCCCGUGCACACCGCGCUGAAGGCGCUGGCGGCGGAAAGCACCCUCGGGCUCGGCCCCAGACCAGCCGCGUGGUCGCGCAGCGAGGCGGGGCGCAGCGAGGCGGGGCCCCGGGCUGGGGCGCCCCCCGCAGAGCAGGGCGGCGGACUCGGACGGCUGCAUUGUCAUUGCGAUGACCCUUCUCUAGACGACCCCAUCCCCCAGGAGUAUGCCCUUUUCCUGUGUCCCACGGGGCCCCUGCUGGAAAAGCUUCAGGAGUUCUGGAGAGAGAGCAAACGUCAGUGCACGAAGAACAGAGCCCACGAGGUUUUUCCCCACAUCACGCUCUGCGACUUCUUCACGUGCGAAGACCAGAAGGUGGAAUGUCUCUACGAGGCUCUCAAGAGGGCUGGGGACAGGGUGCUGGGCUCCUUCCCCUUGACGGUCCCUCUGGCCCUCCACUCUUCCAUCAGCUACCUGGGCUUCUUCGUGAGUGACAGCCCCGCCGAUGUCAUCCGCGAAUUCGCCAUGACAUUCGCCACGGAAGCGGCUGUCUUAGCAGACUGCACCGUGAAGCCCUGCACCAAGCAGCUGCACCUGACGCUGGCCCACAAGUUCUACCCCCACCACCAGAGGACGCUGGAGCAGCUGGCCCAAGCCCUGCAGCCCGAUCACAGCUGCCAGUGGGCCGCGGCACUGUACUCCAGGGACAUGCGCUUCGUGCACUACCAGACGCUGAGGGCUUUAUUCCAGUACAAGCCCCAGAACGUGGACGAGCUGCCCCUCAGCCCCGGUGACUACGUCUUCGUGGACCCCUGUCAGCAGGAGGAAGCCAGCGAGGGCUGGGUGAUUGGCAUCUCGCAGCGGACUGGCUGCAGAGGCUUCCUGCCAGAGAACUACAUGGAACGAGCCCGAGAGUGUGACACCUGGGUCAAGCAUAGGACGUACACCUUCAGUCUGACCGUGGACCCGAACUCCAGGAAGGACGGCGAAGCCGGCAGCAGGCGCAACGGCGAACUUCACCCUCCGCAGAGGCCCAGGAGUAUGGGCAGCAUACAGGCCCUGCAGGCCGCGGUCGUGAGGAGGAGCCUGCUGGUCGUGCGCCACGGGGAGCGAGUGGACCAGGUGUUCGGGCGGUCCUGGCUGCAGCAGUGCUGGGAAGCGCUUCUGGACAGCAGUGUCCACAUCGCCUCGGUCUUCAGCUCCCCCGCCCUCCGCUGCGUGCAGACAGCCAAACACAUUCUGGAAGAGCUCAAACUGGAGAAAAAAAUGAAGAUAAGAGUGGAACCCGGCAUCUUCGAAUGGACCAAGUGGGAGGCUGGCAGGACCACCCCGACCCUCAUGACGCUGGAAGAGCUGAAGGAGGCCAACGUCAACGUCAGCACGGAUUACAGGCCCGCGUUCCCCUCUGCCUCCCUCAUGCCAGCCGAGAGCUACAGCGAAUAUGUGGACAGGUGCGCAGUGAGCGUGUGGCACAUGGUCAGCAGCUGCCCACAGGACGCAGGCGUCAUCCUGGUCGUGGGCCACGGCUCGGCGCUGGACUCCUGCACUCGGCCGCUGCUAGGGCUGCCGCCCCGGGACUCCGCGGACUUCGCCCAGCUGGUGAGAAAGAUCCCCUCUCUCGGGAUGUGCUUCUGCGAAGAAAAGAAGGGGGGAAAGUGGGAGCUGGCGGCCCCCCCAGUGACGACGCUGACCCACGGCUCCAACUCGGCGUUUAACUGGAGGAGCUGGGUCCUGGGCAGCUGAGGCCCUCGGGCCUGCGCCCUGCGUGCGACCCGCAGCUCCAGGGCUGCCUCGGUCUCCCCGACGUGAGGUGCAGAAGCACGAAGCGCACUUUGAGAGCCCCUCGGCCGCGGGGUGCCACCCUGCCCCGCGCGCCCCUGCCACGCGGCCCGGAGGUAAACGAGGAAGUUUGCCUCUGACGUUCAGGAAUUAAAGCCCCACCAGACCCACGCGCCAGAAGGACACGCCGCUUUGUGCUCUAUGUCCUCAUGCGUCAAGUCCCCAACCCUUUCCUCCUGUUUCUGUUCCCAUCACUCCGGCUACGUCCACACGGGCGGGGAGGGGUGGAGGAGUCAAUGAGACGGAACACGAAGCCACACAGCAGCCCCCAGGGCCUGCUUUCCUGUUGCUGCUAUGACAAAGCACAGCAGAGCGGUGAAGAUGGCACGAAUUUUUUAACACACACACACGCACACGAUCGGCUCUGGGGCAGCUCUGGAGCUCAGGCGGUCUGAGGCGGGCCAGCAGGC